CUCACCUCCAACGGGAGCUCCUUCUUGCCUGCCACGCCGCGGUGAUCAUCCCACAGCAGCUGCCUGAACCAUGAAGCUGGUGACGGUCCUCAUGCUGGCCGCCCUGCCCCUGUGCUGCUAUGCGGGGGUUGGCUGCAAUGUUUUGAAGAAAGUGAUCGAUAUCACCUAUGACCCUUCUGUGUCCGUGAGUGACUACAUCGAUGAUGUUCAAGAGUUCAUAGAAGGCGAAGAGAGUCAAAAGGCCUUCAAGAUGCUGAAGGAAUGCUUUCUGAAUCAGAGUGUAGAAACUCAGGAGAAGGCCAAUGAGUUCCAGCAUGCAGUAUAUGAUAGCUUCUGGUGUGCUCGGUAUUAACUUUCCCCAUGGAUACAGAGCAUGGUCUGACACUGACUCUUCGUGGAUGGAAGACACAGCGUAACCUUAUUUCUUCCUCUCUUGACCUACACACUACAAGACAAUUGUUGAAACUUCACAUACCUUUGCAUUUCAAUAAAGCAUCAGCAAACCUA